UUGGUAGCGAAUUGAAUUGUAUUGGGUUGUUACGGAAAAAGCUGAAGAAAUUCUGAAAAUGCUGCCACCCCGUUGACAGCUCCAUGGAUUUACCAACUCCGACAACGGCGUGAAUAUUUCGCUCAAAUGUUUUGCCUCUACCGAUCGCCGCAUCCAUUCGCGGAGAAAAGUCAGUCGUCUGCUAGGGAGAAAAAUGGCCGCGCUGCCGCUAGAAGGUAAUGGCGAAGACGAGAUAUUGGUGUUUUUCUCAUUUCGUGCGACUGGCGCAUCACUCAGUCUCGGCGCAAUGUGCGAUUACAUGUACUGACAGAGUACAAAGUUCGUCCUCUUGGCGUUCACUGAUCAGGCAGCACGAUGAACUAACCAGUGGACUAACGGCUGUAUUUACAAUUCUACGAAUCGUUCCACUGGAUACCCUCCUCAAUUUAUCAUAAGGAAGACGUUGAUUUCCGGAAUCUGCCGACUGCGUAUGUGUGUGCGCGCGCGCGUAUGUGUGUGUGUGUAUGCCAUCUGGGAAGAUAUAAAAUCAAUGCAAGUUUGCUGUUGUAUUCUCUAUAUUAAUGUACAACAUCAUCAAAACGUGACGCCACAAUGUUCGAAUACCGACGUCUGUGACGUAAGGGGUGUGUAAUGUGUGCUACAGCUGUGAUUUUAAUGUUUCAUAAUGUUGGCAUUUUUAUUGGUUUGUCUUAUUAGCUUGUUGUAAGCUGGCCUUAGUGCGUUUCUGUUUCUCACGCUGGAUUUAAAAAACCCAAAAUAAAACAAAACAACCUCUAAUAAUGCAUAGUAGUGUCGGCCAUUUUUGUCCGCUACGUGUAAUAUCCGUGGUAUUGAUCGACGUGAUUAUGUAAUUGUAUAGCGAUGAGUUUGUGUUAAAUCAGGGUAUGACACUUCGUGAAGGCUGCCAUUCAAUUAAACAUCCCAUUUCUCAACAUGAACCUCUACACUGUGCACUUUGUGUUCAUCCAAUGGGUGUGCGUGUGUCUGGACCUUAUUCUAACUGCUGCCAACGUGAACGCCUUCCCACAGGCCAGUGGGAUCAUACACCGUCAACGUCUUAACGACUUCGGCUUCGCUCGGAUAUCGCCGUACAAACGAUCCGCACGCUCCCAUAGGGAGAUUACGUACUCGACGCUAUCCAGCGACGAAGGAAAAGCUGCAGCGGCGCCAACGGUUACGGGCAUUUUAGAAUUCAUUGACCGUAUUAGACAUGGGUUUCUCCCGCACUGUCCAGAGAAUAACACCGACCCACCCGUCACCCCCAUGACGCAUUACAGGUUUUCCCCCGAGCACUUCUUCAAGCCGUUUAAGAAGGAGGUGCAGAGAGCCGUGGACCUUGCCAACACUCUGAAUGAUUACUUCAUGUACAAGGACGACGGGAAGAGGUUAUACAACGACAUCAUUCUGUUUGCCUUGACCCAGUCACUGGUGGAACUCGAACCCUCGGUCAUAGGCUGCGGGAUAGCGUUCGACAAGGGGCAGUACCCGGCGCGAAACGAGACUCUGUUUUUCCCGUAUUCGUACAAACUCGGCUCUCUCUCCGACUCUGUGAUCGUCUCCGACCUUACCCUCAUGUAUGCAUACUACGAUACCGAGUGGUUCAAAAGCCAAAAGUUUAAACCUACCAGUCACUUCCGGAGGUCACGUGGCUUUGUUUUUGCCAACGCGUCAGAUGUCGGAGACACUCGGAAAUACGAUUUUUGGCGGAAUUCGUCGAUUGUGGUGUCGGCAAGGGACGGCUUCUGGGCCGAUCCGUAUUACGACUGCAAGAUGAAGAAACUGAUUGUCCAGUUCUCCGUUCCCUUCUACCAGUUGAAGAAGGAUAAGCCGCACUUCAAGGGUGUGGUAUUAGCCGAUAUCAACCUUCUGGAUCUAGAGAUCAACCAAUGUGCCAAGGACAGUUCGCUCUUCGCCAAUUCCAACAGGUGUCGGCCUGAAACAACAGAGUGUGUGCACAUUCCUGGGAACGGACUGGCGUGGGGGAGUUACCAGUGCCGCUGCAACCCCACCUUCUACUUCCCUGUGAGCCACACCACCAACGACAGGUACUUCGACGGGAAGCUGGUCGAGCGGGCCUACUGGGACAUGUGGCGCAACGUAUCCGACAACUUCACCGACAACUACACCAACAUGUUCCAGUGUCUUCCGUGCCGCAAGGGCUGCGACGACUGCACCGAGGACGAUCCGUGCAUCGUCGAGUACGACGUCUUACUGCGGGGCAUUCCGCUGGGAAUACAGAGCUUCUGCAUGACCAUCACCCUCGUGCUCGCAGUCGUCGUCAUCCGGCUCAGAAAGACGAAGGUAAUGCGAUCCAGCAUGUGGAUAUUACUGGAAAUGAUUUUACUUGGAGCUCUGCUGUUAUACGCCACUAUUGUUAUACAAUACUUUGAACCAACAACUAUCACAUGCAUCCUAGUUCCUUGGUUCCGAGAAGUGGGAUUCUCCAUUGUGUACGGCGCGCUGGUUCUGAAAAUUUACAGAAUUCUAUCCGAGUUUCAGUCUCGGAAGGCUCACCGAGUGCUCGUCCGUGACAAGGAUCUGCUCAAGUAUCUAGCUGUGAUCGUCAUCGUCGUCAUGGCGUACAUGGCGGCGUGGACGGCUGUCAAUAUGGACCACUUUGCAGAGGGCGCUCAACUCGUUGACAUCGGCAUGACGCGCGAGCGACUCAAGUAUAUACUGUGCAAGUCCCACUGGUGGGAUUACGUCAUAGAGCUUUCUGAAUUUUUGUUUCUGUCCUUUGGUGUGUACUUGUGUUACUGUGUAAGGGCGGCCCCCUCGGAGUACUCAGAGGGCAAAUACAUUUCUGCUGCCAUAUGUUAUGAAGCUUUUGUGUCAACCGUAUUUUAUAUAUUAAAACAUUUAUGGUGGUUCUCCUUGCAUCCAGAUUAUCUCUUUCUUAUGUACUUUCUCCGUUGUCAGCUGACAAUAACCGUAAUAUUGCUGCUUAUAUUAGGACCAAAACUGUGGUAUGCACACCGCCCUCUGGACGAGGACAACAUGCGCAGUAGAGCGUACUCGCAGUCUGACGUGCAGGAGAACGCCGCGCCGGAGACGAUGAAGCUGAACGUCGGCAUCUCGUCAAAUGGAGACGUCGACGUCGGCGAGAUCAGCCUCGCAGAGAUGGACCCUGAAGACAUCCGGGCUGAGCUGAAGAGAUUGUAUACCCAGCUUCAAAUAUAUAAAACGAAAACUAUGCGUAAGGACAAUCCGCAUAUUUCGAAGAGAAGGGGUGGUCGGAAACAGACACAUCGGCGAUUCUCUCUUCAAGCGUUUCAUCAUAAACAUCGUCAUCACCCCGAGGCACAUUCGGAACACGAACAUGAAAUGUCGAAAACACCUGAGGAAUCUACGAACAGUGCCGAAGCCAUGGCGUUGCCCAUGGAAUCGAGCAGUAGAGGCGACGAUGGACACGAGCCUCGUUCGGCUCCUUCCGUGUCAUUCAAACCCGGGAGCUACAAGUGACGUGUUUCCUGUUUCCCGUGGAGCAGAUUCGCAGUGAAUCUGUGUCUGAACCAGAUGUGUAGUAGUUUGUGGAUAGCAACCGAAUCAAGGUCAUGUGCUACUUCAUACAAUGGGUUUUUAGAUAUUGGUGUUCUUUCCAAGAGACUCAUUAUCAUAAUUUAUUCACCUUUGUUUAAAAAAUGACAUGCUCAUC